CGGAAAUCCCAUUGCCAAUUUUUCCAUUUCCCUCUUCUUCUUCUUCGUUGUUUUCUUCUAUCCAAAUUCCUAUCUGCAAUUUCCAAGACGAUAUGCCUUCCUUUGCAAUGGUUCCUUCUUCUUCCCACCUAUGGCUCCCCCGAAAGCCCCCCAAGCUUAUUCACCGUCCAGUUCGCGCUUUUUCUUCCCCCUCCUCCUCAGUUUCUUCCGUUUCGUUCGAUUUGAAGUCCUACUGGACUUCUCUCAUGUCUCAGAUCAAUCUCAAGCUUGACGAAGCUAUUCCCGUCAACUUCCCUCCUCAGAUCUAUGAAGCUAUGAGGUACUCUGUCCUUGCUAAAGGUGCUAAGCGCUCCGCUCCUGUCAUGUGCAUCGCCACCUGCGAACUCUUCGGCGCCCACCGCCGUGCCGCCUUUCCCACCGCCUGCGCCCUCGAAAUGGUUCAUGCAGCUUCAUUGAUCCAUGAUGACUUACCCUGCAUGGAUGACUCGGCCUUUCGUCGAGGCCAGCCCUCCAACCACACCGUCCAUGGUGUUGACAUGGCCAUUCUCGCGGGUGAUGCUCUGUUUCCACUGGGAUUUCGUCACAUUGUUUCCCACACUCCCUCUGACCUUGUGCCUGAGCCCCAGCUCCUCCGCGUGAUUGCCGAGAUCGCCCGUUCUGUAGGCUCCACCGGCAUGGCUGCUGGGCAGUUCCUCGACCUUGAAGGUGGGCCUAGUGAAGUUGGAUUCAUCCAAGAGAAGAAGUAUGGUGAAAUGGGGGAGUGUUCUGCAGUAUGUGGAGGACUUAUUGCUGGUGCUGAAGACGAUGACAUUGAGAGAUUGAGGAGCUAUGGGAGAGCUGUGGGAGUAUUGUACGCAAUUGUAAAUGAUAUUUUGAGAACAAAAACAAAAUCCGAAAAGGAAAGUGAGACAAAAAACAGAGGGAAGAGUUAUGUGGAGAUUUAUGGAAUAGACAAAGCAGUUGAGUUAGCUGAGGAGCUUAAAGCAAAAGCCAAGGCAGAAUUAGAUGGGUUUCAUCAGAAGUACCAGGAACGAGUGUUUCCUCUGUAUGGUUUUCUGGAUUAUGCUAUGAAUAGAAAUUUCAGUGUUGUGGAUGCCAGUGCAUAAUAGAUUGGUUCUUGGAAUUUGAUUUUGUAUUCAUAUGAUGGAUCUGCAUGAACGAGGAUCUUCUAUUUUUCUUUUGUGCCGUAUGGAGAGAACCUCAUGAUUACAAAAGCAACUACAUUGUUUGCUGACGAAAAUCACCUGUGCAGAAGCAGCUUCCGAGUCAAAGCAGUGCGGAUACACUUAGUUUUCUGCUUGAAACCUUAAUCAGGUUGACGAAUUCUGAUUUUAUGUAUCGAUUAUUUAUUCUCAUAAUAUUCUCAUCAAGAGUGUUCGGAUUCAUGGUAUUGAAGUACGGUCUUAAUCUUUACUGAUUAUUUUUAUGUUAAGGUAAACAGGUUAGUCUAUACAGAGAUCUCAAGUUGUGACAUUGUCCUGAGAUUUUAAGUAAUACUAUAUCAAUCUUUAUAGUUGGCACUAAACUCUCGUUGUUAAGUGCCGUCUAAAGAUACCAUAGUCUUCUGAUGCCAAUAGUUCAGGUUA